AUACCGGAAGCACAUGUUGUUUACGUUCCGUUAAAUCAGCUGUUCUUGGACUUUCAUCUCCGUAUAUUUUUCUUAUUCUCGAACUCUCCAACCAUGAGUGCGAUCAUCCCUCGGAUCGAGCAGCUGUCGGCCAGAGUUGUCCGGGUUCUGGGCUGUAACCCGGGACCGAUGACCCUGCAGGGAACCAACACUUACCUGGUCGGCACCGGGGACAGACGAGUGCUGAUAGACACCGGAGAUCCAGCCGUGCCCGACUACAUCAGCAGUCUGAAACUGGCGCUGAGGCAGUUCAACACCAGCAUCCAGGAGAUCAUCGUCACACACUGGCAUCACGACCACAUAGGCGGGGUGGAAGACAUCUGCAGGGACAUCGCAGGUUCCGAGGUCCGAGUCAGCAAACUGCCUCGCCCCAGCCAAGUCAGAGAAACAGCCGGAAACAAAAUCUUAACUUAUCUAAAAGAUGGAGACGUUGUCCAGACGGAGGGGGCCACACUCAAAGUGUUGUUCACCCCGGGCCACACCGACGACCACAUGGCCUUGCUGCUGGAGGAGGACCGGGCGCUCUUCUCUGGAGACUGCAUCCUGGGCGAAGGCACGGCCGUGUUCGAGGAUCUCUACGACUACAUGAAAUCUCUGAAAAUCCUGCUGAACUCUGAGGCCGACCUCAUCUACCCCGGUCACGGACCUGUGGUUCAGGAUGCUGGCUCUAAGAUCAGACACUACAUCAGCCACCGGGACCAAAGAGAGCAGCAGAUCCUGGCAGCCAUUCAGGAUGGAGCAGGAAAGCCUUUUUCCUCAAUGGAGCUCGUCAAGAUCGUCUAUAAGGACACCCCUGAACACCUGCACCUUGCAGCUAACGUGAACCUGGUCCAUCACUUAAAGAAGCUGGAGAAAGAAGGCAAGAUCUGCCCAGCCGACAAAUCUUCACAGAGCAUGAAGUGGAAGAGCAACCUGUGACGUCCGCAGAGAAGAAAUGCUGAGCGAGCAUUUGGACGGGAUGUUGAAAUCCAUCUGGCCGACAGUUGACGAUUUUUCACCAUUUCAGCAUAACGCCUAAUCGCCUUACGUUGAUGGAUUCAUAUGUUAAUGAAGAAUCAGGGAUGGUGGUCACACUUGUUGCCUUGGAUGUUUCCUGACUCAGUGAUCACACUCAUCAGGACUGAGCUGCAGCUUGUGCCGAAGUCUUUUUCCUCAUCAUCCUUCUUUAUUUUUAUUUUUCUGCUCACUCCUCUCCUCCUUGUUCUAAAUACAUUUGAUAUCUGAGCCGUUGCACGACUCUGUCAAAUGAUGGCAUGUAUAUUUCUGUUCAGACAUCCAGUUUAAAGUUUUUUGUCAUGGAUAUUAGAACUUUAGUUUGAUCGUAUCUGUUUGUCCUUUCAGUCUGGACGAUGAAGCGCUUGUUUGAGAAACGCUGUACAACUUUCCAGUCGGUCACUAGGUGGCAGCAUCUGCUAAUUAAUUUUAUUGGAGAUCACAAUUCUAAACUGUAAAUUACAAUUUACAUUUCUAAUAUUUAUUGUAAAGAAUGUGAAUAUGUGUUUAAUAAUGUUAAACAAUAUUAAAUGAUCUGCAGUU